GUUCCGUCGCGAGCUGAGGCCGCGCGGGUUUCUGCGUAGCGGCCUGGUGCGCGCGCUGGGCCGGCGACAGAAGGCGAUCAAAGCGGGCGCGGACGCAGUCGAAGCCUGAGCAGGAGUCCUUGUUGCUGAGGGGCUGCCGCAGCCGCCGCGAGCCCCAGGACUAGCGUCAAGCAGAGGAGGGAGCCGCGCGGCGGACUUGGCGAGAUGACGCAGUUCCUGCCGCCCAACCUUCUGGCCCUUUUUGCCCCCCGUGAUCCCAUCCCAUAUCUGCCACCCCUGGAGAAGCUGCCACAUGAAAAACACCACAAUCAACCUUACUGUGGCAUUGCGCCCUACAUCCGAGAGUUUGAGGAUCCUCGAGAUGCCCCUCCUCCGACUCGUGCAGAAACCCGGGAGGAACGCAUGGAGAGGAAGAGACGGGAAAAGAUUGAACGGCGACAGCAGGAAGUAGAGACAGAGCUAAAAAUGUGGGACCCUCACAAUGAUCCCAAUGCUCAGGGUGAUGCCUUCAAGACUCUUUUCGUGGCAAGAGUGAACUAUGACACAACAGAAUCCAAACUGCGGAGAGAGUUCGAGGUGUACGGACCCAUCAAAAGAAUACACAUGGUCUACAGUAAGAGGUCAGGAAAGCCCCGAGGCUACGCCUUCAUUGAGUAUGAACAUGAGCGAGACAUGCACUCCGCUUACAAGCACGCAGACGGCAAGAAGAUCGAUGGCAGGAGAGUCCUUGUGGAUGUGGAAAGGGGCCGAACUGUGAAGGGCUGGAGGCCCCGGCGGCUAGGAGGUGGCCUGGGUGGUACCAGAAGAGGUGGGGCUGAUGUGAAUAUCCGGCAUUCAGGCCGCGAUGAUACAUCCCGCUAUGAUGAGAGGCCCGGGCCUUCCCCGCUUCCUCACAGGGACCGGGACCGGGACCGCGAGCGGGAGCGCAGAGAGAGGAGCCGCGAGCGAGACAAGGAGCGGGAACGCCGGCGCUCCCGCUCUCGGGACCGGCGGCGGCGCUCCCGAAGUCGAGACAAAGAUGAGCGGCGGCGCUCCAGGGAACGAAGCAAGGACAAGGACCGGGAACGGAAGCGACGAAGUAGCCGGAGCCGGGAGCGGGCACGGCGGGAGCGGGAGCGCAAGGAGGAGUUGCGUGGUGGCGGUGGAGGAGGAGGUGGUGGAGGCGGUGGCGGCGGAGGUGGAGGCGGCGGUGGUGGUGGUGGCGGCGGCGACAUGGCUGAGCCUUCUGAGGCUGGUGAUGCACCUCCUGAUGAUGGGCCUCCUGGGGAGCUUGGUCCUGAUGGCCCUGAUGGUCCAGAGGAGAAAGGUCGGGAUCGUGACCGGGAACGACGUCGCAGCCACCGAAGCGAGCGGGAGCGGCGUCGGGACCGGGACCGCGACCGGGAUCGCGAGCACAAGAGGGGGGAGCGGGGUGGUGAGCGGGGCAGGGAUGAGGCCCGAGGCGGAGGUGGAGGCGGCGGCGGUGGCCAGGACAACGGGCUGGAGGGGCUGGGUGGUGAUGGCCGAGAUCUGUACAUGGAAUCUGAGGGCGGUGACGGGUACCUCGCUCCAGAGAACGGGUAUCUGAUGGAGGCGGCGCCUGAGUGAAGAUGCCCUUGCUCUCCAGCUGUUUGGUGUGGACAAGCUCCUCCCCCGCCCCUCACUGUUAAGCCUCUUCCCAACCUUGGUCACCUCAGUUCACCCUCCAGGGGUAGGAGUUAAUUUGUUCUGGCCCUUUGGAUUUGAAAAUAAAAUUAAUUUCCUGUUGA